GAAAACCAGAGAUGGUCAAAAAACAACUCAUCUAAAACUAACAACUCAACCACAAUCUUCCACAAGUUGUGAAUGGAACCCGGAAUUUAUCUCGUUAACUCGGAUGACUCGCCCGAGUUCACUCACUUCCGGCAGGCGUUGACUCAUUCAUCGGCCAUCGGCCUCGACGCGGAGUGGAAGCCCAACCGCCACGCGUCCACCUUCCCCACCGUCUCGCUCCUGCAAAUCGCCUGCCAGCUCGUCAGCUCCGCCGGGUCGAACCAGGGCAAGUGCCCGGUUUUUCUCGUCGAUCUCCAAGCGGUUCAUCUGCCGUCUGUGUACGAGCUGCUGAGAGAGGUGUUUGUGUCUCCUGAUGUUGUAAAAUUAGGGUUUAGGUUCAAGCAGGAUUUGGUUUAUUUGUCGUCUACCUUUUGUCAGCUGGGAUGCGAACCUGGUUUUGAUAGGGUUGAACCUUUUAUUGAUAUUACUGCCAUAUACAACUAUCUGCAACCAAAACAACCCGCACGAAGAAUACCAAAACAGAUCAAAAGCUUAGCGACAAUCUGCCAAGAAGUUUUAGGAAUUUCCCUCUCUAAGGAACUUCAAUGUAGUGACUGGUCACAACGCCCUCUAUCAGAAAAGCAGAAAGCAUAUGCUGCCGAAGAUGCUCGUUGUUUGCUCGAUAUAUUUAACGUGUUCCAUGCAAAGGUUGUUAGAGAAGGAAAUUCUUAUCUGAAUCAGAAUAAACUCGAGCCAUCUGGUCCCGAUCCUGGAUUAAAACAUAUUUUUGAUACAUCAAAUGGUUGUAACUUGGUAACACGGACCAAAUUUUGCGAAGCUUCAAGCAUGAUCUGUGUAUCUCUGCCCGAGAGUUCAGAUUCCACCAAAAUUACCGCACAAUUAGAUGGUAACCUUUCGUGGAUUGUUAGGAAGCACGGUGACAAAAUCUUGUUGAAGGAUGCGGAUAGAAAGCCCAAAAAUUCAAAAAAGAAAGCUAAAAAGCUUCAUCCCGGUUUAGAGCAUAAACAAAAGGUACUUGACAAUUUAGAAGAUUGGCAAGGACCCGCUCCAUGGGAUCCGUCUAUAGGAGGUGAUGGAUGCCCCAAGUUUUUAUGUGAUGUGAUGGUUGAGGGUUUGGCGAAACAUUUACGUUGUGUCGGGAUAGAUGCUGCAGUUCCAUAUUCAAAGAAGCCCGAAACUAGGGAGUUAAUAGAUCAAGCACAUAAGGAGAAGAGAGUGCUUUUAACAAGAGAUGCCAAGAUCUUGAGGCAUGAAUAUUUGAUAAAGAAUCAGAUAUACCGGAUUAGGAAUCUCCUUAAAAAUGACCAGCUACGCGAGGUUAUCGAGACAUUUCAGCUUAAGAUCUCGGAGGACCAACUCAUGUCGAGAUGUACCAAAUGCAACGGGAAGUUCAUUCAAAAACCCCUAACAACUGAAGAAGCUGUUGAAGCUGCAAAGGGGUUUCAAGUGAUCCCAAAUUGUUUGUUUAACAAAAAUUUGGAAUUUUGGCAAUGCAUGGACUGCAAUCAACUGUAUUGGGAGGGAACCCAGUAUCACAAUGCAGUCCAGAAGUUCAUCGAUGUGUGCAAGCUAAACGAGCAAGCUUGAAUGAAAGCUUAUUGGAAUCUGGUAUGCCAAACUGGGAUUGCUUCACUUGGAAAGAAUUUUGUUGCCAUUAUUUCAUUUGUUUCCUUGUUAAUGUUAAGGUAUUUAUUCUAUUUCCUAUCUGUUGUUUAAUCAAGAAGCUUGCUUCUUACAAACUCAUGUUUAACUUGCACUAUAUUGUAGAUUAAUAUUUCGUUGUUCAUCUCGAAGUUGCCUAAUGCACCCUAAUCGUUAGGCAACCAUACUUUCUUACAAAAAAUGCAUUUAUAUUAUAAAAUGUUGUAAUUUUAUUUAUAUUAUAUUUUAAAGUAUGACAUUUAAGUGUGAAAA